AUGGAUACAUAUGGCUACUUAUACAUCAACAGUUUCAAUAAAGCAAUAUUAUCUUUUAAUCUGCUGGUAGAAGACGAUGAUAGCGCUGGUGGUGUACAAUUUAAACUGACACAUGUUCUUCAAUCUGGAGUAACAUAUAUUCUUGUAGUAACAACGUAUAGUCCACGAGCUUAUGGACCGUUCUCAGUAGUCACGAGUGGUCCAGGUAAAGUAGAUUUUCGUGCUAACAGUAUUGAAAUAGGAAUUUCAUUGACAACAACAACCAGCACAACAACUACUACGACCAAAACAACCACGUCAACAACCAGCCUAGCUGGUAAGAUAAUUAUUUCACAUAGACUUUUAACAAACUGA